GCGCGUUGCAAUCAUUUCUGGCAAAGUGACCCGAGUAUCUGCCAUUAGAUCAGGCACCUUUGCAAAGGAAUUAGACUGUGAUAAUUCAUCAUGGCUUAUGGCUUGCCGAGAAAGAACACAGUGAAAACCCUUUUGGGGCACAGUUGUUUUGAUGUACAGGAACAUUGGGAUCUUGCCCUGCUUACGAAGACCUGGUACACAAAUCUAGCCAACAUCAGGCUUCCUUUCUUGGAGGAAAUUGCAUUUGGUAAUUCUGUGCACCUUAAACCUUGUACCACCUCCAAGAAGAGCAUGCUCCCCUCAGUAGAAAACAUCCAAAUGGAAAGGAAGUAUGAGAUGGAGCGCCUGGAAGACCUCAAACACCAGAAGAACAGAGCGCAGGAAAUUCCCUGUGCCCUAAGGGGCAGGCCUGUUGGUUUGAGACGACCUCUUCCACCUAAGUGACCAUCAUUCCAUCACUGAAUUCGGACUUUGUGUUUUUACACAUCCAAAAGGGAUGAAGGACUCCAAAGCUUUCACUGUGCAAAGUGCAGUGUCGAUAUAGGAGCGCCCGGAUGGACAGGCCAGCUCCCCCAGACAUGAAACUGGGUGGACCAGUUUCACAGAUCUCCUGGGUCCCUGUGCACACUUUUCCCUCUGUCACAAGCUACAACAUGAAGUAGAUGAA